UGCAUUCUGUAUUGUUUUACCCUGUACUACCUCAGUGCACUGCGUAAUGAAUUGAUCUGUGUGCAAGGUAUGCAAGACAAGCUCGGUACAUGUGACAAUAAUGAACCAAUUCCAAUUAAUCUCCCAGUCCCUAUGCAUCCCAAGCUCUCAGUCCUGGGACGUGACCACCGACCGAUCAGAAUUUCAACCUUAACCCAGCAUUUAACAGCGCUCCAUCGGCAGAUAACCAUGAGCUCCCCUGCUUCUACUCUCCGAAUAGCUACUUUCUGCAGGAGUUCCCGGAAUUUCCUGACAAAACCUGGCCUACGAUACUUCAGCUCAGUUACUCGGAGCUCGACGCUGGAGGGAAAAUCUCUCAGACAAGAGAAACUAGACAGUAAAGGUUUAACAAAAUCACUGCCAAAAUGCGCCGAUGUGGUGGUGAUGGGUGGUGGCAGUGUGGGCUGCCAAACACUGUACCAUUUGGCAAAAAUGGGGAUCACCAACGUGGUCCUGCUGGAACGGGAUCAGCUGAUGGCUGGGACUACUUGGCACACAGCUGGACUCUUGUGGCAACUGCGACCCAGUGACACUGAGGUUGAGCUCCUGAAGUACACUCGAGAGGUUGUGAGUAAAGAUCUAGAGCAGGAGACUGGGCUACACACCGGUUGGAUUGAGAAUGGUGGGCUCUUCGUAGCCUCCAACAAGCAGCGAAUGGAUGAGUACAAACGCCUCAUGUCGUUGGGGAAAGUCUAUGGGAUUGACUCUCAUGUGCUGUCACCUUCGGAGACAAAAGACCUUUACCCAUUGAUGAACGUGAGUGACCUGUAUGGCACUCUAUAUGUUCCCUCUGAUGGCACCAUGGAUCCUGCUGGAACCUGUAGCACUUUGGCACGGGCUGCAACCACUCGCGGGGCAACGGUUAUUGAGAACUGCCCAGUGACGGGGAUCCAAGUGAAGGUGGACGAUUUCGGAAUUCGACGGGUCACUGGUGUAGAGACAGACUAUGGAACAAUCGAGACAGCUUGUGUGAUUAACUGUGCAGGUGUAUGGGCUCGGAAGCUGGGGGCCAUGGCGGGGGUUAAUGUCCCACUUAUUGCCAUGCGCCACGCGUACGUGGUCACAGAGCGGAUCGAAGGAAUCCAGAACAUGCCGAAUGUUCGGGAUCACGAUGCCUCGGUGUAUCUCCGUCUCCAAGGCGAUGCCCUGUCUGUUGGUGGAUAUGAACCAAAUCCAAACUUCUGGGAAGAGGUCUUGGAUAAGUUUGCCUUCAGCCUCUUUGACCUGGAUUGGGAUGUCUUCACUCAGUUGAUGGAGGGAGCUAUGAAGCGUAUUCCAGUACUGGAGACGACCGGGGUGAAAUCAACUGUGUGUGGCCCAGAAUCCUUCACUGCCGACCACAAGCCGCUGAUGGGUGAGGCUCCGGAACUCAGAGGUUUCUUCCUGGGAUGUGGAUUCAACAGUGCCGGUAUGAUGUUGGGGGGUGGCUGUGGGAAGGAGCUCGCUCACUGGGUCACUCACGGUCGACCAGAGAAGGACAUGUAUGGUUACGACAUCCGCCGUUUCCAUCACUCAGUGACCAAUGAUAAUCGUUGGAUCCGAGAGCGAAGCCAUGAGUCUUAUGUCAAGAAUUACUCUGUGGUUUUCCCCCAUGAUGAGCCCCUUGCUGGGAGGAACAUGAGGCUCGACCCACUGCAUCAGGAGCUCCUUCAGCAAGGUUGCAUAUUCCAGGAGCGACAUGGAUGGGAGAGACCAGGCUGGUUCAGUCCCACAGGACUUGCUCCGGUUCUGGAUUAUGAUUAUUACGGAUUUUAUGAUAACAAACAACAUAAGGAUUACAGGUACAAUCAGCUGCUGCGGCAAGAUUACACCUUUGAUUUUCCCUCGCACCAUGAUCAGAUUAAGUCCGAGUGUAUGACCUGCCGGAAUGCAGCCGCAGUAUUUGACAUGUCGUAUUUUGGCAAAUUUUACCUGGUGGGUCCAGAUGCUAAAAAGGCAGCGGAUUGGCUGUUUUCUGCUGAUGUCAGCACAUCGAUAGGUAAAACUGUCUAUACCUGUAUGCUGAACAGUAGAGGUGGGGCAGAGAGUGACCUCACAGUUAGUCGCAUUGAGUCCUCUCCACGAAGAUCUUCGCUCACUCCUACCUUCGAAGGUGAUGGGUACUACCUGGCGGUUGGAGGUGGAGUGGCGCAGCACAAUUGGUCCCACAUCAUCUCCGUGCUUGAGGACCAAAGGCUGAACUGCCAGUUGCUCGACUGCUCGGAGGAGCUGGGAAUGAUCAGUGUGCAGGGACCCCUGAGUCGAGCAGUGUUGCAAGAAGUUCUUGACGUGGACCUGAGUAAUGAGGCUUUUCCCUUCUCCACACACCAGGUGGUGAAGGCUGCUGGGCAUUUGGUGCGGGCUAUGAGACUGUCGUUCGUCGGUGAGAUGGGGUGGGAGCUCCACGUGCCAAGGGAAGCCUGUGUGCCUGUUCACCGUGCCGUGAUGCAGUCUGGUGCCAAGUUUGGAAUAGUUAACGCUGGUUACAGGGCCAUUGAUUCACUCAGCAUUGAGAAAGGGUACAGACACUGGCAUGCUGAUCUGCGAUCCGAUGACACUCCUCUUGAAGCUGGGCUCGCCUUCACUUGCAAAUUGAAGUCAAAGAUUCCGUUUCUUGGCCGAGAAGCGCUGGAGCUGCAAAAGACACAGGGGCUGUUUAAACGCCUGGUGUGUUUCACCAUUGAAGAGAAGGUGCCGCUGCUUGGCCUGGAAGCUAUCUGGAGGAAUGGGAAGGUGGUCGGACUUAUCCGGAGGGCAGAUUAUGCAUUUGCGCUCAAUAAGUCUGUAGCCUAUGGUUACAUCAGGGAUCCCGAGGGGGCUGUGGUGACAACUGACUUCGUGAAGCAUGGUGAGUACUCGCUGGAGAGGAUGGGUGUCUCCUACCCAGCCAAAGGCCACCUCAAAUCACCCUUCGAUCCCAACAACAAACGAGUAAAGGGGAUUUAUAACGAAGAGCUGGAAAUGGAAGCUGCCAUGAUCCCUAUGAUUUGACCUUGAGAAGAGUGCAUCCAGGAAUAUGCCGCAAUUGUCACUGAUUGAGGGUCCCUUUAUGGAACUCUGGAAUAUCUACUAAUGAAUUACAGAUCACGUCUUUGCUCCAGAGUUACACGGUGUUUUUAAUAUUUUUCUAAAUCAAAAGCAAUUUUAAACUCUUUAUAAUUAUUGACAAUCAAAAUUUUACUAAUUAAACUUUAUAUGGAUACUGAAAGAUUGUCUGCUGAAGCUGGGACCCAAAUGUGGUGGGGAGGGGUGAUUGAGGAGGGGGAGGUGAAUUGGGGUGCAGCCAGUGUUGGUUGGAGAGAAGUGUGGGGUUACAACACAUAUCCUCCUGUCAAAUGGGAAUCCCAGAGAUUGUCAGGAGCAGGGUGUUGCUGGGGUAGGAUUCCCAUGUUCCAGGGUAUAUUGGACCUGCAGUGGCCCUUACACCUUUUUCAGAAAUCUAUUAUCUGCUUUCACCACUUCCCCUUGGAACCACGUUAAAUGUCUAAAUGCCUCUUAAACAUUGCUAUUGUAUCCGCUUCCAGCACAUUCCAGGCAUGUUAUUUCCAUUUUCCUGGCAAGUUUUUACACAUAGAGUGGUAGGUGCCUGGAACGCACUGCCAGAGGUGUUGGAAGCAGAUACCAUAGCAAUGCUUAAGAGUCAUGUAAACAGGCCGGAGGGAUAUAGAUCUUGUACGGGUAGAUGGGAUCAUGAUCCACACCAAUAUAGUGGGCCGAAGGGCCUGUUCCUGUACUAUACUGUUCUAGGUUCCAUUAUUCUCAUGGCUGCAUUCUCUAGUAAAUGUGAUAUCAAUCUGUCAGUGAAUAGGAGAAUCCCGUUCCACCCCUUGAUCCUGUUCUGUCGACAGCAUCUGUGGCAAUCAGUGUCUCACUCCUGCCUGUUCUGUCCACAGGUUUAGCAUAAUGUCCUCUGUUUUGUGAUGAAAUUGAUCUGAAUCCUGCUUGAAAUAAUUACCUAUUUGCAUGCAGUCACAAAUGAUGGAUUAAUAGAUAAAAUCUCUGUGCUCUUUCACAACAAAUAAUAAACAGACAAAUUGAGA